CGCGGGGUGACCUCACGGUGCAAAUUGCUCAGCUCUUGCAGUAAAUCGCCUGCCCCACGUUUUCUCCAGUAGCAGAAAUAACACUUUCCAUUGUUUAAAAACAACGCUGGAGUGUUUAAAGCGCACCAGCCGUUCCUUAGGCAGGAAGACUAAGAGCUCCGUAUGUAAACCGUUCCCUGUAACGAUGGCCGGUUCUGAGCUAGUUAGGACAAGGGGGGGAAACUUGACAUUAAAUAUAUUAAAUGUAUUUACCUUUUAGAUAUGUUGCAUAUGGUAAAGUAUAAGAAAUUUCUUAGCAACAGUGUAUGGAAAUGCUGAGAGGAAGGACUGAACUUCAGAAAACCGGUUGCCCACUGAGGGGGUUGUAAGUGGUGGUCAGGAAGGCCCAGCCGUGAGCCUCUAAACGUGGGACACUGGCUGCCUGCUGGCAUGUCCCCUCCUCUGGUUUCUGGUGCAUUGCUCUUUCUUGUCAUUGGUAUAAGUUGCUUAUAAUUUAUCUUUAUUUCUCAGCCUCCUUCUAUUCAAAACGAAGAAAAAGAUAUGAAGAAAGAGGAAGAGAGGGAGCCUGACGGUCAGGUGAAAAAUCAACCAAAUUUCAUAAAAGAAAGAUUGAAGCUUUUUGAAAUGUUGAAGAAAGACCAUCAGCUGUCAUUUGCCAAUUACGAAAAGAAGGGGGACGCAGGCGACGCAAUCACAGUCCGAGUGGCCGGCGGGGAGGCGGUGGCCGGGAAGGUCUGGAUAACCACGCCGUACCACGUGGCUGCUGGCCUCAGUCAAGAACUGGCCGAAAGCACCGUGAUAGCCAAAGUCAAUGGUGAAUUGUGGGACUUGGACCGGCCGCUGGAAGGGGACUGCACGCUCGAGCUGCUCACGUUUGAUGACGAGGAAGCCCAAGCUGUGUACUGGCACUCCAGCGCUCACAUCCUCGGGGAGGCCAUGGAGCUCUACUACGGAGGCCACUUGUGCUGCGGUCCCCCCAUCGAGAACGGGUUUUAUUACGACAUGUUCAUGGAAGACAGGGCGGUGUCCAGCACGGAGCUGUCAGCGCUGGAGAACCUGUGUCAGACUAUCAUGAGCGAAGAGCAACCUUUCGAUAGUAAUGAAAGUGAAAAAGAGACGGUAAGUGGCUGGGAAAUGUUUAAGUGUAACUACAAUAAAUUUAAGUGCCGCAUCCUGAACGAGAAGGUCGACGCCCCAGCCACCACCGUGUACAGGUGUGGUCCACUAGUUGACCUUUGUAAAGGGCCCCACGUGAGACACACUGGAAAAAUUAAAACCAUAAAGAUUUUCAAGAAUUCCUCAACACACUGGGAGGGCGACCCCGGAAUGGAAGCCCUGCAGAGAGUCUACGGGGUGUCCUUCCCCGACGUCGAGAUGAUGGCGGCCUGGGCGAAGUCCCAGCAGGAGGCCAGGAGCCGGGAUCACAGGAGAAUCGGCAAGGAGCAAGAGCUUUUCUUCUUCCACGACCUGAGCCCCGGCAGCUGCUUCUUCCUUCCCCGAGGGGCCUUCGUUUACCGCGCGCUGGUGGACUUCAUGCGAGAGGAGGACCGCCGGCACGACUUUGCAGAAGUGGUGUCCCCAAACGUGUACAGCGGCAAGCUGUGGGAGGUCGCGGGCCACCGGCAGCACUACAGCGAGCGCACGUUUACCUUCGACGUGGACAAGGACACUUUCGCCCUUAAACCCAUGAACUGCCCGGGGCACUGUCUGAUGUUUGCCCACCGUCCGCGAUCUUGGAGGGAAAUGCCCGUCAGGUUUGCCGAUUUUGGAGUUCUUCAUAGAAAUGAGCCGUCAGGAACCUUAAGGGGCUUGACCCGAGUUCGCCGCUUCCAGCAGGACGAUGCCCACAUCUUCUGCACGGUGGCGCAGAUCGAAGAAGAAAUAAAGGGCUGCUUGCAGGUUCUGCAAUCUGUUUACGCCACAUUUGGCUUCUCCUUUCAAUUAAAUUUGUCAACGAGGCCUGAAAACUUCUUAGGGGACGUCGAGACGUGGGACGAAGCUGAAAAGCAACUGCAGAACAGUCUGAUGGAAUUUGGAAAACCAUGGAAGAUGAACCUGGGAGAAGGAGCCUUUUAUGGUCCUAAAAUCGAUGUGAAGGUGAAGGAUGCAGUUGGUAGAUACCAUCAGUGUGCCACGAUCCAGCUGGACUUCCAGCUGCCUCUCAGAUUUAAUCUCACCUAUGCCAGUAAGGACGGGGACGAUAAGAAGAACCCCGUGAUCAUUCAUCGAGCCAUUCUGGGGUCAGUGGAAAGAAUGAUCGCCAUCCUCUCAGAAAACUACGGAGGGAAAUGGCCUUUCUGGCUAUCUCCGCGUCAGGUAAUGGUCAUCCCCGUGGGGCCAACCUGCGAAAAAUACGCACUUCAGGUGUCCAGUGCAUUUUUCGAAGAAGGAUUUACGGCCGACGUUGAUUUAGAUCAUAGCUGUACGCUGAAUAAGAAAAUACGGAACGCACAGCUGGCUCAGUACAAUUUUAUUUUGGUGGUUGGAGAAAAGGAGAAAUCAAAUAAUGCCGUAAAUGUUCGAACGAGAGACAACAGAAUUCAUGGAGAGAUUUCAGUAACUUCCGCCAUCGACAAAUUGAAGAAUCUCAAACUGUCGCGGACCCUGAAUGCUGAGGAGGAGUUCUGACAUCCUUCCUUGUGGUCCCGUCUGCGUAACCUUGUUUUGACCCUUGAGAAUGUAUUUUUCUUAAUUAAUGUUAGUACUUCUUCUGAGAACUUCGGACCCACUGACAGGGCCCCCGAUGGGCACAGCGAGAAAAGACAAUGAAUGAGUAGCUGACACAUGCAAUGUUACUUCACUUAUGUGCCUGGGGACAAGAACAGGGCAGCUUGGGAAAUUUUACAUUUUAAAUUUCCCAAAUGUCUCGAGAGACUUAAAUGGGAAAAUGUUAUUCAUUGAAAGAAAUACUAGGAAAUGAGGAUUACGAGAUUUUAUUGCUAAGAUUUGUGAUUUUCGAAAGAUGGGCUUCGAAUAAAAGUGCAAACUUUUUUAGAAUAGGGCAGAAAAUCUUAUUUUCUAAUAACGUUAUGUUCUCAGUUUUUAUGGUUGUCCCACUAAAGUUCACACCCAAACUUUCAUCUCCAAGAUUGGAUAAUUAAUUGGUUUGUUUGUUUAUUUAUUUUCCUUAAUUAGUUUUAGCUAACCAACUACCAUGAGAGAAGCAGCUAAUACUAAAUACUGGGUUAUCGACAAAGGACUCUGAACUCCAAUUCAGUGUUGUAAAAACUACUGUCGUUUGCACUGUAGGUUAAGAGUCGCCAUUUUAAUGCUUCUGAUUGACGACCGAUCCUUGUUCAUGUUUAGAAAACAUAAAUUUCCAAAUAAAAGACAUCACAGCA